AUGCCAGCGCCAGGUCUUCUGAGAACUCGGCACCCCCACCAGAAAGUGCCCCCUUUGCCCUGCCGCCAGGCAAUUCGACUGCACCCACCCCCCUUGAUCGGCGCUGUUCGCCCUCGUCACACUAUACAGAUGGGAAAAUUGCUUAUAGCUCGGCUCUCCUUCACCAGCUUUGCCCCGGGGCGUAACCGAUCGCCGCCAAGACCUUCUGCACCGAAUGCCUCAACAGCAACCGAAGCCCGUGCUUGA